AUGAGCGGGGCCGGGGCGGCGGUGGCGGCGGCGUCGGGCUGCAAGAGCGAGAAGCUGGACGAGGCGCAGGCGUUGGCCCGCAGCUGCGCCGGCAGACCCGACUUCCAGCCGUGCGACGGGCUGUCGCUGUGCACCACGCACAGCCACGGGCGCUGCUUCCGCCUGCACUGGUGCUGCCACCUGGGCUGGUGCCACUGUAAAUACGUUUAUCAGCCUAUGACUCCAGUAGAACUGCUUCCAAGCACCGAAAUACCCGUUCAGCCUCGGGGAACCACAAACACCAUCCAGAUAUCUGUCUCACUCACGGAACACUUUUUGAAGUUUGCGCCAGUCUUCCAGCCGCCAUUACCCCCAGAUUCCCCACGAUUCUGCACCAUCUCAGACCUCUUUAUUGACAAUUACCGUGUGAAAUGCAUCAACGGGAAGAUGUGUUACGUGCAGAGGCAGCCUCCUGCUCUCUCCCAUAAAAUGAAGCUUCAGGAGGCCCCCACGUGCAAUGCCUUAAUUUUGAGAGAGAAUAACACACCAAAAAUAGAUCAUUGUUCUUCUCCCUCCAGCUCUGAGGAUUCUGGGAUCAAUGCGGUUGGGGCUCACUAUAUGGAGUCAUGUGAUGAGGACACAGAGGAAGGGGCGGAGCUAAGUUCAGAAGAAGAUUAUAGUCCAGACAGUAGCUGGGAACCGGAUGAGUGUCCCCUCUUAUCACCCUCACAGUGUGAACUAGAAGUGAUUGAAACCAUAGAAACCACAGUGUGAAAUGCUGAGCCGGGAGCUAGCUAGGUAUACUUAAAAUAAUACUGGUUUUCUAGCAUUUAUACUGGCUUUUUCCCUCCUCACAGGUCCUUUUUUCCCUGUC